AGAAAGAUAGCAACCGCUAACAAAGUUGAAGAAAAAAAGGCCUUAGUGCUCAGUGCUAGAUAACUUUUUCCUUUUUUCUUUUCUCAUCUCUUACUUUCAUAAUUUCAACAUCAUACAUUGAUUCAACCAGUUUCAUUCAGCCUCCACUGUCACUGAAUCAGUCUAGGUUCUUCACUUUCACUUUCUAUCUGGGAGGAUCAAAGUGUGUGUUUUGUCCUCUCGCUGCUUCUUCUUCUGUGCUUCAUAAGCAGUGAUCAUGGCAGCUAUAAAGCCCGAGGAGAUAAGCCACCCACCAAUGGACCAACUUCAAGGCUUAGAGUACUGUAUAGAUUCAAACCCAUCAUGGGCUGAGACUAUAGCUCUGGGUUUCCAGCAUUACAUUUUGGCCUUAGGAACUGCAGUGAUGAUCCCUUCAUUUCUGGUGCCUGUGAUGGGUGGAAGUGAUGAUGAUAAAGUGAGGGUGGUACAGACCCUGCUUUUUGUUGAAGGGAUUAAUACACUCUUGCAGACACUCUUUGGAACGCGAUUACCAACCGUGGUAGGAGGAUCAUAUGCAUUCAUGGUCCCCGUUAUAUCUAUAAUUCGUGAUCCUUCCUUUGCAAUGAUAGAGGACCCACAUCUGAGAUUUCUUAGCACAAUGAGAGCAGUCCAAGGAGCUCUAAUAGUAGCUUCAAGCAUACAAAUAAUUCUGGGAUUUAGCCAAAUAUGGGCUAUUUGUUCUAGAUUUUUCAGCCCACUGGGAAUGGUUCCAGUAAUUGCAUUAGUUGGCUUUGGAUUAUUUGACAGAGGCUUCCUUGUGGUGGGGACUUGCGUUGAAAUUGGAGUUCCCAUGCUAAUCCUGUUUAUAGCCUUCUCUCAGUACUUGAAGAAUUUUCAGAUAAGACAAGUACCUAUACUAGAGCGAUUUGCUCUACUGAUAGCAACAACAGUGAUAUGGGCAUAUGCACAUUUGUUAACAGCAAGUGGAGCAUACAAACACCGCCCGGACUUAACCCAGCGUAGUUGCAGGACAGACAGGGCAAAUCUCAUUUCUUCUGCUCCAUGGAUAAAGAUUCCAUACCCUCUUGAGUGGGGUGCUCCUACAUUUGAUGCUGGCCAUGCUUUUGGAAUGAUGGCUGCUGUGUUAGUCUCAUUAGUUGAGUCAACUGGGGCAUACAAAGCAGCAUCACGUCUAGCAAGUGCCACACCACCUCCUGCUCACGUCCUGAGCCGUGGUAUUGGUUGGCAGGGAAUCGGAAUCUUGCUGAAUGGCCUUUUUGGAACACUCACUGGUUCAACAGUUUCUGUAGAGAACGUGGGGCUUCUAGGAAGCAACCGUAUUGGCAGUCGAAGGGUCAUUCAAGUUUCAGCUGGCUUUAUGAUAUUCUUCUCCAUGUUAGGAAAAUUUGGAGCCUUAUUUGCAUCAAUACCAUUCCCCAUUUUUGCUGCUGUGUACUGUGUUUUGUUUGGAAUUGUGGCUUCUGUGGGGCUAUCAUUUUUGCAAUUCACCAACAUGAACUCCAUGAGGAACCUCUUUAUUUGUGGUGUUGCCCUCUUCUUAGGUUUGUCCAUUCCUGAGUAUUUCAGAGAAUACACUAUCAGGGCCUUUCAUGGCCCUGCUCAUACAAAGGCUGGAUGGUUCAAUGAUUUCCUCAAUACUAUAUUCUUUUCUUCCCCAACCGUUGCAUUGAUUGUUGGUGUGUUCUUGGACAACACUCUUGACUACAAGGAUAGUGCGAAAGAUAGAGGAAUGCCAUGGUGGGCUAAGUUUAGAACAUUUAAAGGAGAUGGCAGAAAUGAAGAAUUUUACACCCUACCUUUCAACCUCAACCGCUUCUUCCCUCCAUCCUAAAAGACUGAAGUGGAAAAACAUCAUUUCCAAAUAAGGGUUUGGGAGUGAAGAGCUAGACAAAAUGUUCAUGUAUGUAUUUUCAGGAAGCAGAGGAAUUUGGUUUAAUUACAGUUUUUCAUUAUAAUACAACAAAAACUUGCUUGUGAAUUAAAUUUUUAACUUAGUUCUCAAUUUUUUAAUUCGUUUGCUUAUUCUCAAUA